AUGGGGUCCAGGCUGCUUAUUGUGUUUAGCUUUGUGUUUGCAUGUGUCAGGCUUAGUGACGCUCGGCUCCGCAAUGUGGGUGUGCCAACCCACUGGGGGGUCAAGCCUCAGAAGCCUGCGGUGCUGGAAGCUGAGCCAGCAGCAGAACCUGAGAGAGAGCACUCCAGUCAGUCUGUUCAACAAACUGGCAGCCUCCAGUCGAAUGAGACACAGCCAACAGCUGAACCUUUGUCCUGGAAGUUUCCAGACGAUCCGGUGGAUCCGGUGAACAAGCCUCCCGCUGCGUUCAGACUGCCACAGCGGGCGGUGACCAACCGUGUUGCUGUGAGGUGUGGGGAAAGCAAGGUCCAGGUGGAAGUGAGUCAGGACCUGCUGGGCAUCGGCAGGCUCAUAAGGCCGGAGCACAUCACGCUUGGUGGUUGCUCAGCCACUGAGGUUGACGACUUGUCUCAUGUCCUGGUCUUUGAAUCCGAGCUGCACGGCUGUGGCAGCAUAGUCGUGAUGACAGAGUUUGCCUUCAUUUAUGCCUUUGCGCUGGUCUACGACCCCGAAGUGUCUGGCAAAAGCAACAUCAUACGGAGCCAGCGUGCUGUCGUCGGAGUCGAGUGCCACUACCUGAGGAAGCACGGAGUGAGCAACAGCCUUCCACAUCCUGCCAGGAUGCCCUACAAAGAUCUUGCGGAGGCUGAGGAGCAGCCGUACUUCUCUCUGCAGCUCAUGACUGAUGACUGGAGGUUUGAGAGAACCUCCAGGAAGUAUGCCUUGAGAGAUACCAUCAGAAUGCAGGCAUCGGUCAUGCAAAGCACUCGUACACCCGUCAGACUGCUGGUGCAAAGUUGUGUCGCCACCCAAGGGCCAGACUCCACUUCUGAAUCAAGUCGAGCUUUUAUAAAGAACAGUGGGUGUCUGGGGGACAGACACACUGGUUCCAGGUUUGUACCGCAGUCUCACCCUGAUAAGCUGCAGUUCCAGAUAAAGGCCUCCAGCUUUGGUCCACAGAGGAUGAUGUACAUCACGUGCAAACUGAAGGCCAUCCCAGCUUCCUCUCCAGUCACCAUUGAGCACAAAGCAUGCUUCUUUCAUAUGGGUAGGUGGAGGGAAGUCAGUGGUAAGCACCAGUUCUGUCCCUGCUGUGAGUCCACCUGUGGAAUGAGGAAGAUUCGAAGUGUGGAUGCAGAGACAACCGAGGAGAAGAGGGAAGCUGAACUGACCCUGGGCCCCAUUGUUGUAGAAUAAGAUUUUCUUUUUUUCU